AGAUGUGAUACAACAGAACCAUGCCGUUUUUUCAUUCCCAGUCGACACAACUCCUGAGCAGGUUGGCACAGCUGCACUGUCGCCUAUCUUGUUCACGAUGCCUCUCAAAUGGGUUUUUCAUUGGCAACCCAAUGCGGGAACAACGGUCAACAGUCAAAUGAUCAACGAAGUUUCACAGUGCGUCGAGAGCAUCAAUGGCGUCAAAGAAGGAAGGUGGAAGGCUACUCUCACUUUCUACAAACCCAUGUUUCGAGCAGAUCAGGCAGUUCCUGCAGAAUACCCCCGUGAUUUUCUUGGGAUUUCGCUCCCGGAACAGCCCAACCGGUACUACUUUAUAAUUCGCAGCCAGAAGAUAGUGCUCGAAGCUGAUUCAUCAAUUCAGAUGAUAAUGGAGAAAUUGCAAUCUUAUAAAUCGAGGGUGUCGCUUACUUUCGAGGGAUUUCAGUAUCAACUCGGUGACUUCCAAUUACGAGUUGGUAAAGUUGCUCCAAGCGCCUCUGAGAAUUUGAGGGGAAUAGUUUUUGAGGUGGAGUAUCUGCCCCUUUCUUCAAUGGAAAAGUCCCGGCAAAUCUUGGAUGGGUUUGUUGAAAUAUGGCAAGAAGCCAUGUCGAAAAGGUCAUUACCAGGUCAUUUUAUGCAUAUAGAACCAAACUUUGCAGAGUUUGGCCUCUCAGACCACUACACUUCGCAACACACAGCUGUUCAGUAUGCUACUGUCAUGGCUCAACUCAUCUCGGCAGUCCAAACAGCUCAGGGAGUGAGAAAUUAGCUACUUAGAAAAGAAUUCACUCUCUGUAUGUGCUUGUAUCAUUGGUUUAUUGGAAUCCUACUCUGUUUGAGACUAAUUUUCCUAGCUGUAACUUUUCAAUUCCAGAAGGUAGCAUGGUGGGAAUGAGUAAAACAGGGUGGCCUCAACAUUUCAGAGAACCAAACAGAUGUGAGAUUACAGCAGGCCCAAGGUGGCUCUCUUUGUUGUAAAAGCCAAAAUUUCCUACUUCUGUUUUGUUUGGAUGAUGGAAAGUAUUACCAUCUGUGCUUCUAUUUCUUAGUACGAUAAGGAAAAGAGACAGAACCCAAAAAAACAAAAAUUACUUCUAUUA